AUAUAUAAGAAGAAAGACAUAAAUAUAGCCUUAACUUCAUUUUAGUAGAUCAUUCAUAUAUAAGUUUUAUGGUUUCCAACAUAAAUUGAAAGGGGAACCAGCAUGAAAGAGAAAAUUCAUCGUGAACAACACUGAAAAAUCCCCUUCAACAUUCAAACGCCUCUGAAUGGUAAGAUUUCAUUUUCAUGGCCAGAUUGCCUCUUAAACACAUUAAUGGCAGAAGUGGAAGCGUGCUGGUGAAUCACAUUAAUGGCAAAGGUAAAUGUAUAUAGUUACAAAUCGAAGUUGAUAACCAAAGGAAAAGAUGAACUUAGUAGUUAAAACGCAGUCAAUACGAUUCUUUGGAAUUUUGGCUUUUAAAUGUUCUGUUCAUGGAGGAAGCGGGAAAGGAGGGGAGAGAACGUGGAAAUAAUUGCAGCAGUCCUCGCCCUGUGAGAAGAAGAAGGCAGCAGCAGCAGAGACUUAAAAUAUUCAUGCAAACGACUGCGAAUUUAAAUCCACCACCUCAAGGGUCGUGCACCCAUGUACUGAAACCACGUGCAUCGACGAGGCUCACCACCACUCCAUCUCCCUCUCCCCGCCAUUUUUGCUUCCUUCAAUUCUCGCUAUUUAAACUUCAACACCCACUUCCCUGCACUACCUCUCUCCUUAUCUCUUCCUUGUUUAGCAGAAACAACACUGCUACCUGGUGAUUUCCAUGGCUUCUCAAAGCAGUGUUCUUCUUCUCGUUCUUCUUUUACCUUCCGUGGUGGUGGACAUGGCUACUGCUUCUGCUUCUGAGGGAUGGACGAAUGCCCACGCUACCUUUUACGGCGGGAGUGAUGCUUCCGGGACAAUGGGAGGAGCUUGUGGAUAUGGAAACCUGUACUCGACUGGUUACGGGACGGCAACAGCUGCGCUCAGCACGGCGCUGUUCGACGACGGCGCCGCCUGUGGGCAGUGCUUCAAGAUAAUCUGCGACGUUCACGCCGACUCCAGGUGGUGCCGGACCGGCAAAUCUGUGACCGUGACGGCCACCAACUUCUGCCCUCCAAAUUUUGCUCUGCCGAACGAUAAUGGAGGAUGGUGCAACCCCCCUCUUCAGCAUUUUGACAUGGCUCAGCCUGCUUGGGAGCAGAUCGGCGUCUACCAAGGGGGCAUUGUCCCUGUCCUCUUCAAAAGGGUUCCUUGUGUUAAAGAAGGGGGAGUUCGUUUCACAAUCAAUGGAAGAUCGUAUUUCGAGCUUGUACUGAUAACAAACGUUGGUGGUGCUGGUUCAAUAUCGGCUGUGUCGAUCAGGGGAUCGCAAGGGAACUGGCAAGCCAUGACAAGAAACUGGGGUGCAAAUUGGCAAAGCAAUUUAUACCUCAAUGAGAAAUCUCUCUCCUUCAGAGUCACUACUACUGAUGGCACAACUAUGGUCUUCCCUGACAUUGCACCUAGUAAUUGGCAGUUUGGGCAGACUUUUACUAGCACUGUCCAGUUCUGAUGUUUCCUGUUUCUUAGUGAAAUUUGGUUGGGAGUUAGCAGUGGCGUGCUUCAUCUUUCAGCCAAAGCAGCCCGCUAGCCAACCAUAUAGGUUGUUGUUUAAGUAUCAGCAGCGGUAGCAGUAGCAGUACUAGCAUAGAGGACACACUGUAUUGGCUUCAAUCUGAGAAUGUUCUUUUUUAAAUCUCAGAACCACACGGGAUUCGUAAGCAAUAUAUCAGUUUAUUCCAAGCUUUGUAAACGGAUAAGACUGUCUUUAAGAUUGUCUGUGAAGCAUGUGGGUUUUAAUAGAUGAACUUCAAGUAUUA